AUGAAAGCCACUGCUCGUCAAAGGAAAAAUCAGUUUGUCAAGCUGCAGGAUAGUCAAGGUGUUUGGCAUGAGGGAGACCCAGGUCUGUCAAACCUAAUUUUGACUUAUUUUGAGACUUUGUUUACUUCACAGGCACAAGAUUCUUUGGAGUUGUCCAGUUUAAUACCGAUUGGUGUUACAGAGGAGGACAAUCGCUCUUUGCUUGCCCCUUAUACAUCAGAGGCAGUUCAGGAGGCCAUUUUCAGUAUGCAUGCAGAUAAAUCUCCUGGGUUAGAUGGAUUCAACCCUGGUUUUUAUCAAAAAUAUUGGGGCAUUGUGGGAUCGGACAUAGCUCGAUUCUGUAUUGACUGCUUAGCUUCUGGUUGCUUUCCGCAAGAACUAAAUAACAUAGCCAUUGUUCUGAUCCCCAAGAAGAAGACGCCAGCAAAUAUGGGCGACUUACGACCAAUUGCUUUGUGUCAGGUUCUUUACAAAAUUAUGUCGAAGAUGAUCACUAAUAGAUUAAAGACUGUUUUGCCGAAUCUAAUCUCCCCUUCACAGAGUGCUUUUGUUGCGGGCCGAAGCAUCUUUGAUAAUUCUAUUGUAGCUUAUGAGGUGUUACAUUAUAUGAGAAGUCGUCGUCGGGGAAAAGAUGGCUAUGUGGCUUUGAAAAUAGAUAUUAGUAAAGCGUACGACCGCUUGGAGUGGCCCUUUAUUCGUUUUAUGCUUCAAUCUUUGGGGUUUGAUUCUAAAUUUAUUGAUUUGGUGAUGUUCUGUGUUAGUACAGUGUCUUAUCAAGUGCUCCAUCAUGGACAACUAUUGGGUCCUAUAACACUGCAGCGUGGAGUUCGACAGGGAGACCCAUUGUCACCAUACCUAUUCAUUCUAUGUGCUGAGGGUAUGUCUUGUAUGAUUAGAGCACAAGUGGCUGCCAAUGCUCUUCACGGGUGCAUCAUUGCUACUGGUGCGCCUCAGAUCACUCACCUCUUCUUUGCGGACGACAGCUUACUUUUUUUCAAAGCCGAGGUUAGUGAGGCUCAAAUUGUUCAAGAGGUACUUAAUAGCUAUGCAAGGAUGUCUGGGCAGGUUAUAAACUUUAAUAAAUCUAUUCUUUGCUAUAGUGCUAAUGUGUCUGCCUCUAGACGAGUGGCCAUCUGUGAGUUCUUGCAUAUUGUUGAAGGAGAUGGCAUUGGGAAUUACUUGGGAUUGCCCAUGAAUGUUGGCAGAAAUAAGGCGGAGAAGCUUAUGGCACGAUUUUGGUGGGGUAAAGGGAAAAAUCAUGAUAAAGGCAUGCAUUGGAUGUCUUGGGAAAGAUUAGCUAGGCCUAAAACUGGUGGAGGUCUUAGCUUUAAAAAGCUUAGGGAGUUCAACUUGGCAAUACUGGGUCGUGUUGGUUGGAAUUUGAUUUUGCAUCCUCACUCCUUGGUGGCCUCAUUAUUAAAAGCACGUUAUUAUCCUGUUGUUUCCUUCUUAAAUACUCCAAAAGGUACAAAUCCUAGUUUUGUCUGGACUAGUAUUCGUGCAUCGCAGGGUCUCCUUCGUCAAGGAAUCUCAUGGCGCAUUGGUAGUGGUUCGGCGGUGCCCAUUUGGCUUGAGUCUUGGUUGCCUGAUAGAGAGAACCCUUUUAUUACAUCAGAUUUUGACACUUCUGUUGGAGUCCAUUAUGUUAGUGAUCUCAUUCAAGAUGGCACAUGGAAUAGGGAAGUACUUUCACAAGCUUUCAAUGACAGAGAUAGAAAUCUUAUUUUAUCAUUACCGUUGCCCAGUAUUUCGCAGCCAGAUUCUCUAUAUUGGAGGUUAUCUAUUAAUGGUUUCUAUUCUGUAAAAAGUGCUUACAAAGCACUAACUUGGGAUGAGUCUCUUGUGGCAAUGAAUGAUCAGCAACAUUUAUGGAAGAAGAUCUGGUCCCUUCAGCUAAUCCCCAAAGUUAAGAAUUUCAUUUGGCGUGCCUGGUGGGUAAAGGCUAAUGUUGAUGCCUCAACAAAGCGUGCAGGACAGAUAGGUAUUGGGGGAGUUGUUAGAGGUGAUAAUGGUGAGUUCUUGGCAUGCAAAAUGGUUGUGAUACCUCAAUCUUUACGCCCUCGAGAUGCUGAGCUGGUAGCUAUAAGGGAGGUCCUUAGCUGGUUGAAGUCUACCCCUUGGAGAAAUAUUGUGAUUGAAACAGAUUGUGCUGUUGCAGUAAAUGCUUUAACCUCAAAUUUGACUCUGGAUAUAUCAAGUACUGAUUUUAUAAUUCAAGAUUGUAAGUCUCUAGCUAACGAGACUGAUUUUAUUGUGAGAUUUGUUCAUGUAAAUCGUAGUGGUAAUGAGCUUGCUCACGAGAUUGCUAGGUUUGCUUCUAGUACUUCACAUGAGGGUGUUUGGUUUGAUGUACCUCCUCAAUUUGUAAGCCGCUUCUUUACAUGA